UGUAUUUGCUGUGCUUUGAAAUCACACCAGUUUCUUUUAAAAGAGGGAACAAGGAAGAAUCCUUUUGUCAUUUCUUAGCAGGAGUGCUCACCCUGGCUUCUGCUGUGAGUUACCCCUGCAGACACCUGAGCCAUGCCAGAUUUCUCUUUUAGAAAGCCCAGCUGUGACUGCUGUAAUUCUUACCACUGGAAACAGAACUUCUGAGUGUCGGGUCUGUUGAGACCUCUCUGGGCUGUGCCCAUGGCUUCUGCCAGAAGUGUCCUUUGAACCAUGUUUUGCUCAGCAAUAAGUACAGUUAGGCCAUUGAGAAGCCUUGUUUUCUAUGGUACCUUUUGGGUGAACAGAAGCCACGUGAGCAGUGAUUGAGUCAUUUGUAGUAGGCUUUGUCAACAGGCCAGAAAUCAUUUUGUAACAGAAAUAGAGUUUCUGCCAAAUUUUUAACUAAUACAAAUAAAGGGUAAAAACUUCAAAUGCUUUUUGGGUCUUAAUGUACGUGCUGAGAUUAAUGAAGUAGAACUUAUUUCUGUGAUUAACUGAGUAAUGCAGCAGUCCCAGUAUUGACAACUAUAAGUGAUCACUGCAGGAAUAAGUUGCCUGCAAUGCACCACCGUGUGUGUGUUCUGUCUUGUUUCCUUUCCUGGAUGGCAUGUGUCAUCUAUAGGAAAUAAACUGCCUGAAUUAUUCAGUGGAUUGAGUUUACUUGCAGUUGACUGCAGAAGAUCUGAAUUAAGAUGCUAGCUUUAUUAAGUUUGACUGCCCUGCUCACAGCUGAAUAUUUUUGGCUUCUCCUUUCUUCAUAGACUUGCAAGGCCCAUCUGCUUGCAUCCAAACUGAAUCUGAAAGCAUUCUGAUUUUGGUGAGAACUGGGAGAGUUGUGGUGUAGGUGUGCACCAGUGUAAGGAUGCAUCUGUAGUAUACAGAUACUAAGUAUAGAGAGAGCAAGUUAUUCAGUAGGGGAGAAUAAUUAUAUAAAAAUUACCUAGUUGUCACAGAAGCAAAGACAGAAUAAUUUAAAUUGUCGUAAGCACACUUGAGAUAUGCUCACAGCCUCCUCAGAUUUUCUUCUCGAUGGUAUUUGGCUGAGAAGUUGCUGGAGACAGCUUUCACAGAGCACAAAAAGGCCACCUGCAUGGGGUCAGGAACAGCGUCCCCUGUUGCUGCACCACCACGGAGGCCUGGCUGGAAGUCCACCUGCAGCACCUUGGCGGAGCCUUUCCUUGCAGCAGAUUGCUACAGCUGAUGCUGCCAAGGCUGCUGUCGGUUCCUGCAUUUAAUCCUCAUUCUCUCAUCUUGCAGAGGCUUCCCUGUUGUGCUGCUUUCCUGCAAGCGCUCUGUGUUCCAUCUUCAUUUUAUGCUUAUGAAAGAUGGGAUAAGUGAUAAUUUAUGCUAAGAUUAGCCUCCUUUUAGUUAAGCAUGAGAUUGUAGACAUGCAGUUGAGGGAAGACGGUUCAGGAGGUCACUAGUCCACAGCAUGCAGUGAGGCAACACCAUGGCACAGCCACAGAAACCAGAUGUGAAUUUGCUGAACGGUGGGGGGCUGCUGACAGCAGAGCCUAAGGGCCGGCAGCAAAUAGUGAAAAAAUAGCCCCAAGCAUCUUCAGAGAUGAGUGGCAAAUGCUUUUCUACAAUGUGCUUCAAGUGUUGUGGGAAGUGUAUUCCCACUGUCCCUACUUGCAGCGCUGAUUCAUCAAUAGGUUUGGUGGGUUGUUGGUUUCUUAGCUCAUUUGGCAGUCCCGUACUUGACCCAUCACCUAGGACACAAAGAAUGCUUGAUCUCUUCUAGAUGACAACUGGAAGGUUGUCUUCCCUUCCUGUUGCCUGGAGCAAAAAAUCAAUUAAGUGCAGGUACGUUCUCUGUGGGCGACAUGUGAGCCCAGAUCCUCGGCUGCUGUGAUGGCCAUUCCCUGAGCUGUGCCGUAAUGAGAGCCACACAUCACACUGCUAGGAAACAAUACAGGUUUUUUCAAUCUUAUCCACCUUCUACCCCGUUAUCUAUCUCCUGUGUGCCAUACUCCUUGCUGUUACUGUCCUCCCAUGGAGCAACGGAAUAAUUGAGUUCUGUGCAAGGUGAUUUCAGAGGGACGGGUUGGAGCUGACGCUGGAGGUAGCGCACGUUACUGCUGCCUGCAUCCCCUCUCUACCUGAAAUGAGGGGAAAUGGCCUCAUGCUGAUGGCCUGUGCUUAGCUCUCAUGGAGAACUGUACCCUAAUUAGAACCCGCUGCCUACCCUCCAGAGAGGAGCAGUUUCCAAAUGCAAGUUAUUAUAACGAAUGAAUGCCAGCAAACACGUCUCGUUAGGGAGCUUUUAAAAUGACGGUGCCUUGUGGUUGCCUGAUGUGUGCUUCUGUCUCUAGGCUGAGAUUUCAGCCAAAAGAACACAAUUUCUCCCCUUUUUAGGGAGGGAGGAGGCCGCGUGUAUUCUUUUAAGGAUGGCCUCCACUGGAAGCCACUUGUAUGCUCCAUGGCCUGCAUUGCAAUGUGCCAACACGCUGCGAAGCAAUUAAUAUCCUUACGACGUGAGUGUGCGUCACUGAGCUCCCCGUUGGUAUGAAUGGGGACGUCGAGGCAGCUCCAACCAUGGCUUCAUGUGGUUCUUCAGCAGCACCUGUAGUCAUUUCCCGGAGGCUCUCCCAUCAAUCCUAACAGCUAUGCAUGCAAUUUUAAAGUCAGAUUUUGGCAAAUGUGAAGGAAAGAAAGACCCCUAUGACUGAGGCGCCUUGUCAGGUGUUUCGGCUGAGGUUUUGCUUAAAUUCGGGCCCCGGCUGCCCUUAACCCCGCAGUAAAGCUGCGGCUCCUGCAGUGACGUGCAGAGACAGGUUUCAGGAGGCAGAAAAACCGCUGCCAGGAGCAGAACUCCCAUCGCACGCUGUACCUGAUCCGCGGAUCCCCGCCGUCUCUUCCUCCCGGCUGCGUUUCCGCUCGCAGCAGGCAUUCAAGCCGCGAACCGCGGCUCAGCCUUCGGGAGGAUCCUCUUGACUUCGCCCGUUGUGCAUCUGCUGCUGCUGCCGCGCGCCCUGCGCGGGGAAGGAUGGUGGCGAGGGACGGUGCUCCGCAAACGGGGCAGGAUGCCGAGCGGGGGUCAGAGCUGGGAGAAUCAAGCACAAUCAGAGGCAAACUUCACUCAACCCGUGUCAGGAGCUGAUCAGAAUCCAAGGCACAGCAGCAGCUGAUUGGCACUGGGGGGCAGAACACCUCCACUCACUGCCUCCACGUUGCUUCAAGCAAGUUCCUUGCUCCCGUCGAACUGUCCAUGGGCUGAAUAAAAGUUGUUAACUCUUGGCUUGACUUGUCAUCCUUUGGGGGAGUAAAACCAAGGUCGGACUGUCCAUUCAAUGGUGUACUGUUAGAGGAGCACGACCUGAAGUGGGGUAUCUCACAGGUGAGAGUGACUGGUUCUUCAAGUCUGCCUAGGACUCCUUGGGGAGGCAAUAAGGAGAGUAAGAAGAUGCAAUGGGAAUUAUAAAGUGAAUGCAAUAGCUUCAUUGGAACAGCUCUGCACAUUGCCACACCUGCUUGUUAAGAAGCAACUACUGCUGUUUUGAGGACAAUUUGGGGAAAAAGCCAUUUGAGCGUUUCUGCAGCUUUUAUGCAUUAAUCAAGAAAGUCAAUACACAGACGAAGGAGAGGUGCAAAUAUGGCAAAGGCUGCUAAGGAGAUACAAAUGGAGAACCCGAGCGAGCUGGAGACUCCUAGCGCGGGGACACCAUGUCCCCCAUUGGAAGAACAGGCAGAAAAACCCUCCAUGCUCUGUUUUAAGAAGCGGAAGAAGUCCUGUAAGAAGGGGCUGACAGCUAAGGAUGCAUGUGAGGGAGCUUCUGGAGCCUCGGAGGAGAAAAAUCAAUGCAUCAGCACAGACCCAGGGGAGGCAAAAGCUUCUGCUCGAUUGCCACCCUCCAGAGGAGCUUGGGCAGCUAUCAAAAGUCUCACAAAACCUCGGAGAGGGCAGAAAUCCUCUUCACGGAAGAAGGUGUCUUCCGAUUCCCAGGUGCAGCUAGAGACGGAUGCAGAGGAGAGCUGUGCACAAGGUCUUCCAAGGAAAAAGGCCAGCACAGGGGUGAAGAUGCCCUGUGUGCGCUUCUUGAGAGGCAAGAAAAAGCCCAGCCCCUCAGAGGUGGUGGAGGAGUCAGAGGACAGCAUUCAAGCAAACGAAGUGAUGGGCAUUUUGAAUAAAGCCAUUGAAGAGCUGGAGGACAUGGCCCCAGCAGAGCCCUGCAACAAGGCUGAGUCCCUCAGUCCGCUCCCUGCAGAGGACAUGGCCCCAGCAGAGCCCUGCGACAAGGCUGAGUCCAUCAUCCCUCUCCUUGCAGAGGACAUGGCCCCAGCAGAGCCCUGCAACAAGGCUGAGUCCGUCAGCCCCCUCCUUGCAGAGGACAUGGCCCCAGCAGAGCCCUGCAACAAGGCUGAGUCCGUCAGCCCCCUCCUUGCAGAGGACAUGGCCCCAGCAGAGCCCUGCGACAAGGCCCAAUCCCAUAGCCUGCUCCCUGCACAAAAUUCGGCCCAAGCAGAGCCCUGUGACAAAGCUGAGUCCCUCAGCCCACUCUCUGCAGAGGACAUGGCCCCAGCAGAGCCCUGUGACAAGGCCAAAUCCCUUAGCCUGCUCCCUGCACAAAACUCGGCCACAGCAGAGCCCUGUGACAAGGCUGAGUCCCUCAGCCCACUCUCUGCAGAAGAUGUGGCCCCAGCAGAGCCCUGUGGCAGUGCUGUAGCCCUAAGCCUGCAGCCUGCAGAGGACAUGGCCGCAGCAGAGCCCUGUGACAAGGCUGAAGCCCUAAGCCCGCUGCCUGCAGAGGACCAGGGCGUAUCAGCAGAAGGUGCCGAUGCCAAUGGGAGGAGUGAGCCCUCGGGAGAGGCCAGACCAGAAGUGGAUGAACACGCAGAGUGCAUCACUCAGUCAGAAAUAACCAUUUUGGAGCCUGUCAGUGAACCUGUGCAGGAAAAGCUGCCUGAGGGGAGUCAAUCUGCGGCCCAAGUGGAAGAGAGGGAAGUCACUCCUGAAGCGCCGGUUUCCACAGAUCAACCCAAUGGCACCCCUGAAAUCACCGAGGUGCAGGAAAUAGCCACGAUCUGCAAGGAGCUUCCUGAAAGGGAUGAGUCAGAGAGGAACACUGAUCUCCCCAGGGAGUGCAAAUCUGAGGAGACCACGAUGGAUUUCAGUCCAUCGGUGUCUAAGGAUGAUGCAAUGAGUGUGCAGAGCAGCUCCAGCCAUCAGGAGAAACCUGAAGUCAACGUGGGCACCAGCGUUGGUAUCGUCAUCACCAUCACUGAAGCCGUGGACUCUGACGACACCGAUUCUGACCAGGCCUAUGAGCCAUCCCCGGUUUUACACCACAAGAAGCAAAAAGGGAAUAAAAAAUCCAGUGGGAGCUUUGAUUUUGGUCAAAAAGAAGGCCCUGGGGCUGGCAGUGAUGCUGUGGUGGAAGAGAAAGGUCUGGGCGAGCAGGAGCACAGGACUUCAGAUCAGUACGAGUUGCUCCUCAUAGAAACGGCGUCUUCCCUUGUGAAGGCGGCCAUCCAGUCAUCCAUAGAGCAGCUGGUCAACGAGAUGGCUCUGGAACAGAAUAAACACAACAGUUUUCUGUGAGGGUGAUGAUGCCCCCAGAUUAGGGUGAUUCCAAGCUACUUUGGCCUGAGGAGGGGAGCAAGAGGACUCUGGAGGCCACUGCUUAGUUAACUCUGCAUGCCUGUGAAGUUGUGUGUGUGUUCACGUGUAUGAAGCUGGUGCUGGGGCAUGGGACGGGCCGUGCUGAGCACAGCAAGUGCACUCGGCCUGGCUGCAGGAAAGUGCAAGUGUUGCGGUGUUUUCAUUUACUAGCAUCUUUAUGUUGAGGCUGUGUUUCUGCUGUCUUCCAUUCCAGACUUCCCUGCUGUUAGUGGUUUAAACGUUAAUGUGCUUUUAGGAAGAGGCUCCGCAGGCAGCGAGAAACCUCCUGCCACUGGGUUCAGUUCAGUGAGCGUUGAGCACAGCUGGAGGUUUGCUCAGUGGGUACAAGGGAGGGAGAAGGGGCUGAGAUGUGCAGUCAGUGACAUCGAUGCCAAGCAGUUAGCACUGCAUUCGGAGGUAUAGGAAACCGUGGUCUGAAGUCCCAUUAGGUAGAACUGAGCAAAUGCAGUGAGCAGCACAGUUUGGCCAGCCUAAGGCCCCAGCCUACUCCUCCGGCCUAUUCCCUUGUCAGAAGCAGCCUGUGUAUCAUCCAUCCCACUGCAGUACAGCAUCAGCUCUCCUUGCUGGCUUCAGGCUGCACAAACACCAAGAGCAUGCCCUCGCUUUGUCUGCUGGGGCCCAUUGCACUGCUAAGCACAGGUCUCCCCAUGGUGUAGUGAUGAGGGCCAGGCUGGAGCAUGCUGGCCACAGGAGCCCCUGGCCUUGCCUUCUUUUGUCUGCCACAGUGAAACUUCCCUUGGAUAUGAUGUUUUUGUUUUCUUUUGUUAUUAAUGUAUGGCAUGUAAUGUAAAUAGCAGUGUGCUGCAUGCAGUCAACUCUUGCCUCGGUGUUGAAAUAGCGUGGUAGCAAGGAUGUGCUGCAGGCCAUGGAAUUGCUCCAUGUUGGGAGGGGAUUUGGGCACUGAGUGUGUCCAUGUGUCCAUCCAUCCCUUCACUUCGCAAGGAUCCCCUGCAGAAAUCCCAGCUGGCUCCGUGGUGGCCAAAACGCACCCUGAACACCAGAGCCAUCUCACCAAAGUCCUCAGGGAAAACCCAGACACGAGGGCUGGGGACACUGCCACAAAACACCCAGACAGGCCAACUGCUGUCAGAAAAAUACAAACUGCUCUGUUAAGGAGGUGUGCAUGCAGCGUGUGCACACACGUGGUGCAUGCGGGUCCACAUCGCCUCUCACUGCCAGCCCUCUGGAAGAAAGGGGCCUUUUGAUAAUUUAGGAUUGCAGCCGCGCGGUUGGGAUUUACACACUGCUGCGUGAAAGUCUGCCUUUUCUGCUGAGAAAGUUCUCCUGCCCCAUUCUCAGCCUGUACAGAAAUAGCCGCCUCCCCUGGCAACUGCUCAGUGACCACAGUGGCGACACAGAGGUUUUCUGCUCGGCGCUGUAAGAACACCAGGGCUGACAAUACUCCAAGAACCCAGUGCACAACCGUGUUUUGAACUUUGAGAAAGGAUCUGUGCUGCUGCGAGAGAAGCACCAGCAGUGAGUGCCACGGUGUCUUUCUGUGCACGUUAAAUUUGGAAAAAAUCAGACUUUUUUUUUCCUGUGAAUUUAUUUACCGUGAUCAAUAAUUCAGCGUGUAUAUUAAUGGCUUUGCACUUCCUAUUGUUCCUUUCAGGCAUUUUGCCAUCAUUUUGAAAGGGGCUUUUUAGGGACCGUGUAUAGCCUUGGAGCUGUGCAGCACCUGGGAAGAGCUGUGCUUGUGCUGGAGCUGUGCCCUGGGCUGUGUGGGCACUGGGAUGGGUUGGUGCCGAUGGAAUGGCUGCAGCAUCUCCAUGCCUUGGCUGCAGGGGCACCUCUGGGUUCUCAGCAGGAGAUGCCAAAACCCCCGGGCAUGGCCAGGCUCUUGUCUCCAUGUGCUGAGCAGUUUGGGGAGGAUUUAAUGCUACAUCAAAACAAAACAGUACAUUGCAGGAGGAGGCACUCCUUGCAAUGGGGAGAGAAGAGCAGCAUUGUGUGGGUCCAGCCAGAGCCUGCAGGACUGACAGCUGCUCUGUACCCAGGGCUGUGUUUGCAUCCUUUUCAUAGCUGUUUUCCCUCUGUUCCACUCAUACAUGUAACUUGCAAUUAGUUCAUUAAAGUUGAGUGUACCUCUUG